AUGUACUCUUCAAACCCAAAUGGUUACCCAAAUUUUUCACCAGCUCCACCCCCAUUUAAACUAGAACCAUAUGGUGAAGAUGAAUCCACAAAGAUUGGUGUUCCAGUGAACUCUAAAGAUCAAUCUUACUCUGAUCAGUCCCAAGAGCCGACUCCUGUUGAAAACAGACCUCGGGUUGAUUGGUCCACCGGCCUCUGUGACUGCCUAUCUGACUGGCGAAACUGUUGCAUAACUUGCUGGUGUCCAUGCGUGACUUUUGGAAAGAUCGCAGAGAUUGUAGACAAAGGGUCUAGUUGUAAGUUGUCUUCUCCAUCAACAGACUGUAUGAUUAUCUUGGGUUUUUUUAUCCUAUCUCAAGAUAGAGCAAGCAAUUAAUCCUAAUGGUGGGUUAGGCAAUAUGACGGUCCUCUGUCUGUUCCGUAUCGCGUCUAAUUUGUAUUGUAUCUAAAAAAAAAUUAACUCAAACUCGAUAGCUUAAUUUAUGUUGUGUCGGAUUUAUUUGAUUAAUAAAUCGUAUUUAGUGAAUUCGUGUUUCAUUUAAUUGGGUUCAUUUCAAGUCUAUUA